UGGCUCUGUCGUGCGCUACGUCCAGCUUCCUGCGGAGCAUGUCGACACGCAGUUAUUGGAGGACGCGACGAGGCGUGAGGCCGCGGCUCAAGGGAAACGAUGAUGUGUCUUCUUGUCUGGAUUCUGCGUACACGCCGUUGUCCUACUCUGCGCGCGACGCGCAUUGUCGUCACAAUGGCGCCCGAUGCUAUGUCCAGCGGCGUCUCGCUCCGGUUGUUCCCUUACGAUCAAGUUCUUCCCUGUUGUCUUGCUGCCAAUCUCGAUGUAUUGUGUAUCUCUCGCCUUGUGGGGUUCAUCUCUGUGCAUGCGCUUGGUGAACGAGUAUACAGCUGAUCGCCGUCGUCCGUGGCGAGAUCCAGAGCCAUGUUUCUCUUCGCGCCACAAUCAACCGCAAGUAUUUAGAAUCCUUCGCUGCAUUGUCAGGCUAAUCCCCAGUUGCAGGAAUGAGCACGCCGACACUAUGUCUUGCACCCUACGUUCGUUGCGUGCACCCUCAGGAUCCUACUGGCACGGUGUCAACGCAACGAACCAUUUGAUAGAUCAUUCGUUUCACAGGCGUAUUCAGGUGUCCUCCUGCUUCACUGGACCAUACUGGGAGCAUGGACACCCUCACAGGGCUCUCAUGCAUAUGUAGCCUCGAACCGGACUCGAGGGAAUCCAUGUCAGGCCUGUCAGGCUUUCUUCACAUCGUGUAGCCCACAUCUAGCUGUUAUGGAUAGAGUGGUCUUGAUGUUGGAGAGAUACGCCCUAUGCGCGAGGGUCUACAAAACACUGAGUGUUCCUGAAGUCUCCAUCGAGUCUACCCCCAUUUCGAAUGACAGCUAUUUCCGUGGAUUCCGUGAUCAUGAAUACGAUCGAUGGCAGCUCGCCAUCGUACGCAGCAAG